AUUGGCCGGGGUGGGGCUGGGCCCGUUGAAGGGGUGGCGGGUGGGCGAUUGAAGGCGUGAGGUUCGAUCCGGCUUCCCCCUCCUGGCGGGAAGAGUCGAGUGACGUGUAGGGAAAGGCUCGAGCUGUGGUGUGUGUGUGUGGAGGAGGAGGGGGGGGCGGCGCUCCUCGUCUCUCGGAAGCUGUGCGGCGGGACGUGACAACUGAGCAAUGAAUAAAUUACGGCAAAGCUUUAGGAGAAAGAAAGAUGUUUAUGUCCCUGAAGCCAGUAGGCCACACCAGUGGCAGACAGAUGAAGAAGGGGUUCGGACUGGCAAGUGCAGCUUCCCAGUUAAGUAUCUGGGACAUGUGGAAGUGGAUGAAUCAAGAGGAAUGCAUAUAUGUGAAGAUGCUGUGAAACGACUGAAAGCUGAAAGGAAGUUCUUCAAAGGCUUCUUUGGAAAAAGCGGAAAGAAGGCAGUUAAAGCAGUCCUUUGGGUUUCAGCAGAUGGACUCAGAGUUGUGGAUGAGAAAACUAAGGACCUUAUAGUUGAUCAGACAAUAGAGAAGGUUUCUUUCUGCGCUCCAGAUAGAAAUUUUGACAGGGCUUUUUCUUACAUCUGUCGGGAUGGCACUACACGCCGCUGGAUAUGUCAUUGCUUUAUGGCUGUAAAGGACACAGGGGAGAGGUUGAGUCAUGCUGUUGGCUGUGCAUUUGCAGCCUGCUUGGAGCGAAAGCAAAAGAGAGAGAAGGAGUGUGGAGUGACUGCCACCUUUGAUGCCAGCAGAACCACAUUUACAAGAGAGGGAUCAUUCCGGGUUACAACAGCAACGGAGCAGGCAGAAAGAGAGGAAGUCAUGAGACAGAUACAGGACACCAAAGUUGAAACAGAUGUGAAAACAACUGCUUCAAGUUCUGUAUCUAGCAAUACAGUCCCAUCUCCAAGUUCCCCAACCUCUCCUACCACUGAUGCUGCAGCAUCUGUCGACAAAGAGUCAAAUAACCCUCAUGCUAUUCCACGAAGACAUGCUCCCAUAGAGCAACUUGCUAGGCAAGGCUCGUUCAGAGGCUUCCCUGCACUUAGCCAGAAGAUGUCCCCAUUUAAACGCCAGCUUUCUUUGCGAAUAAAUGAACUGCCAUCAACAGUGCAAAGGAAGACCGACUUUCCCAUGAAAAAUUCAGUUCCUGAAGUCGAAGGAGAAGCAGAUAGCAUUAGUUCCCUCUGCUCCCAGAUUACAAAUGCAUUCAGCUCACCAUCUGAAGACCCUUUCUCCUCUGCCCCCAUGACAAAGCCAGUCUCUGCGGUUGCACCACAGUCUCCAGCUGUUCAAGUUAAUGGCACUGCCUCUGCCUUCAAUGUGCUUUCUGCUAAGCCAGUUCAAACUACUGUAGCACCCACAGCAAUACCAGUUCGUGAAACCAAUCCCUGGGCUCAUGCCCCUGUUGCUCCGGCUGCUGCUAAAACUGGAGCUGCAGCCACUCUUGCUGGUACUGAAUGGAAUUCCAGUUCUGGGGCAGCCUCACCGAAUCUGUUCCAAGCAAACCACAGACGCACUCCUUCUGAGGCAGAUCGCUGGCUGGAGGAAGUCUCCAAAACGGUCCGAGCACAACAGUCGCAGCCACAGCAGCCACCUCCUCAGCCACUCCUUCAGCCUCCCGUGGCAGUUUCACAGACAGCACCAGCUUUUCCAGUCAGCACCUUCAUUGCAUCCCAGCCAGUGCCCGUCGGUGUGGUGCAGCCCACGUUUAUCCCUGCUCAGCCAUAUGCCGUAGCGAAUGGAAUGCCCUACUCGGGUCCCAGUGUUCCAGUGGUUGGAAUCACCCCUUCCCAAAUGGUAGCCAAUAUGUUUGGCACAGCAAGCCACCCUCAAGCAUCCCUCUCUCAUCAAUCACCUGGUCUUAUAAAGCAGCAGACAUUCCCACAGUAUGAAACUAACAGUGCUACUACCAGCCCUUUCUUUAAACCUCCUGCCCAGCAGCUCAAUGGCUCAGCAGCUUUCAAUGGUGUAGACACUGCCAAAUGGCCCACAGAGGACAAGCAUAUACAGCCACCUGCAGUUGCCCAGCAGGUUGAUCCAUUUGAAGCACAGUGGGCAGCACUGGAAAACAAGUCGAAGCAGAGAACCAACCCCUCUCCAACAAACCCUUUCUCAAGUGAAUUACAGAAGACUUUUGAGAUUGAACUUUAAGCAAUCCUGUGGCUUGUGCUCUAGUCUGUGUGUAUGUGUUUUGGGGGGGGGGGUUUGGGUAGAAAAGGGCAAAGGACAGAGGGGGCUUCUGAACAGCACAUUCAGUUGCUGAUGUCCCCAUAGAAUCAAAGUGAGGUAUAGAGAAAGGGAGUAGUCAUGGGGGAGAGGCUCCAAGCUCCAGCCACAUCACUAUUGGGGAAUAUCCAGGAAAUGUAUCCUUACUGCCUUCCUUCUUGCUUGGGAGCCUGUACUACAAAGGAAACUUCUGGAAGGCUGAAGAUGGGAACUGAGCCCUGAAGCCCUUUUCCCAAAAGAACUUCAAAUGACCUUAUAUGAUGAAAAGCAACUGACUUGCCACUAUCAUUUAAGGGGUCUCAGCCUUGCAGUGAGUGCCCCGUAGCCCUGGCGGGGAAAGAGGAAUGGUGGCACAGUAGUGAAUGGGUGGGAGGGGAAAACAUGAAAGCUGCUCUGCAUAUACUGUCUGUGGAAAAGGAUGAGCUUCCAUUUUGAGUAACACGAUGAUUAUAUAUAAAAACAAAGCCAAAAUCUUUAUUUUUAUGCAUUUUAGAUUAUUUUAAAUAGCUCUAGAUAUUAAAAGCUGAAUGAGGAGUUGUAAGUAAUCUUGCCAAAGGUCUAAAAGUGGGUUGGAUGUAAAAUUGUACAUAAGAUUGAUUUAUCGCUGAUUCUUAUGAUCAGUAAUAUGGGAGUAGGGAUUGGGAGGAGACUCCCUACUUGUUCUUCUCUGUUCAUUGUAAGUAGCAUAUUGCAACUACAAUCAUGAAUCAUGACCAAUAAAAACACACACACAUUAUAGAGUAGUUUAAGAGCAGUAUUGUCUUAUUUUGAAAAUAAUUGGUAAAUUCUCUUUUUUUAAAGGAAUCAAGCUAGAUGAUGUUAGACUACAUAUAGGUUCUUCCAUGUAUUGCUGCAAUUACAUUGUUCUUAUAGUACUGUGACAGUUUACUGUAACCAUACCUACAAUCAGGUCUACUGAGCCUACAUUUAUAUAUUUUAUGUAUGUUCGAUUUUUUUUUUAAAAAAAGCUAAUCUCCCCACUGUUCUAUGUGAAAGCUUGUGGCUAGACUACAGCUAUUCCAUGUUCUUCCUCUGAUGAAUCAUGAACGCCAUCUCAUUUUUAAUUUUCCUUUUAAAACUUGGCCUUACAAGCAAAUGUAAGUUAUAUAUUUGUACUGAUGAUUUAUAAUCUGCUUUAACAGAAAUAAAUGUUGGUAGUAGAUGA